GUAGAGGAACCGCCGGAAGUGGGCGGUGUGUCUGACACAGAGAGAGAAACAGAGAGCCGUGAACUGUACGGCGAACUGUUGGGAACUGACUAACGGAGAAAUUCCUGCCGGAGGCUGAUCACUUCGCUGUAGACUCUCCCCCUCAUUUUAUGAAAAAGGAAAACAACUUUCGUCGCUCCACAGAGCUUCAGGGUGUUGAUGAUGGCAGUGUGGAUCCAGGCCCAGCAGCUUCAGGGAGAUGCUCUUCACCAGAUGCAGUCACUGUACGGCCAGCACUUCCCCAUUGAAGUGCGCCAUUAUCUAUCCCAGUGGAUAGAAAGCCAGCUCUGGGAUGCUAUAGACCUGGAGAACCCACAGGAGGAGUUCAAGGCUAAACGCCUCUUGGACAGUCUGAUACAAGAGCUGCAAAACAAGGCUGAGCACCAGGUUGGAGAAGAUGGCUUCCUUCUUAAAAUCAAACUGGGUCACUACGCUAACCAACUCAAGAGCACGUAUGACCGCUGUCCUCUGGAGCUGGUUCGGUGUAUCAAACAUAUCCUCUACACAGAGCAGAGGCUCAUCAGAGAGGCUACAAAUUCAAGCUCUCCAGUGGGUGGGAUGAUGGACAGCAUGUCUCAGAAGUACCAGCAGAUCAACCAAGCCUUUGAGGAGCUUCGCCUGCUCACACAAGACACUGAGAAUGACCUGCGCAAGCUCCAGCACAACCAGGAGUACUUUAUCAUCCAGUACCAAGAAAGCCUUCGCAUCCAGGCUCAGCUGUCCAGCCUUGCCACUCUGCCCCCUUCUGACCGGCAGCUACGUGAGCCUGCCCUUCUCAGCAAGAGAGCUACUGUGGAGGCAUGGCUGACAAGAGAAGCCAACACACUACAGAAAUACCGCCUGGACCUGGCAGAGAAGCACCAGAAAACACUGCAGCUGUUGCGAAAGCAGCAGACAAUCAUUCUGGAUGACGAGUUGAUCCAGUGGAAGAGACGGCAACAGCUGGCAGGCAAUGGGGGCCCGCCGGAGGGGGGCUUGGACAUCCUUCAGUCCUGGUGUGAGAAGCUCGCUGAGACUAUUUGGCAAAACAGGCAGCAGAUUCGGAGGGCAGAGCACCUUAGGCAACAGCUGCCCAUUCCUGGACCUAUCGAAGAGCUGCUCAAUGAACUCAACAGCACUAUCACGGAUAUCAUCUCAGCUUUGGUCACCAGCACCUUCAUCAUUGAGAAACAGCCACCCCAGGUUCUGAAGACCCAAACCAAGUUUGCUGCCACAGUACGCCUCCUAGUGGGAGGGAAAUUGAACGUGCACAUGAACCCUCCACAGGUCAAAGCAACCAUAAUUAGCGAGCAGCAAGCCAAGGCAUUGCUGAAAAAUGAAAACACAAGGAAUGAGAGCAGUGGAGAAAUUCUUAACAAUAACUGUGUGAUGGAGUACCACCAGACUACAGGCACCCUGAGCGCUCACUUCAGAAACAUGUCUUUGAAAAGGAUCAAGCGAUCGGACAGACGUGGAGCAGAGUCAGUCACAGAAGAGAAGUUCACCAUCCUGUUUGAGUCUCAGUUUAGUGUUGGAAGCAAUGAGCUUGUCUUUCAAGUUAAGACAUUAUCACUUCCUGUUGUGGUGAUAGUUCAUGGCAGUCAAGACAAUAAUGCCACAGCAACUGUAUUGUGGGACAAUGCGUUUGCAGAGGCAGGUCGAGUGCCUUUUCUGGUGCCAGAUAAGGUGCUUUGGCCUCAGCUGUGUGAAGCCAUCAACAUGAAGUACAAGGCAGAGGUGCAGAGCAACAAAGGGCUAUCUGAGGAGAACCUGGUCUUCCUGGCUCAGAAAGCUUUCAGCAGCUCCAGCAACAAUCCUGAUGACUACCGGAGCAUGACGAUGACCUGGUCACAGUUUAACAGGGAAAGCCUUCCAGGAAGGAACUUCACAUUUUGGCAGUGGUUCGAUGGUGUGAUGGAGCUUACAAAGAAGCAUCUCAAGCCUCACUGGAAUGACGGAGCUAUUCUGGGCUUUGUGAAUAAGCAGCAGGCUCAAGAUAUGCUGAUGUCAAAACCCAAUGGUACCUUUCUUCUGCGCUUCAGUGACUCUGAGAUCGGAGGUAUAACAAUUGCGUGGGUGGCAGAAAAUCCCAACAAAGCAGGUGAGCGGAUGGUUUGGAAUCUGAUGCCCUACACAACUAAAGACUUCUCCAUUCGCUCUCUGGCCGACCGGAUUAGCGAUCUCAAUCACCUCCUGUUCCUCUAUCCUGACAGACCCAAGGAUGAGGUGUUUGCCAAAUAUUACACGCCACCCCUCUCUAAAGCGGUGGAUGGUUACGUGAAACCACAAAUCAGACAAGUAGUGCCUGACUUUGCUACAGCUAAUCCAGACCCAGCCAGUGUAAAUCCAUCAUAUAUGGAUCAGGGUGCCUCUCCAGCACCUCCUAAUCACUCUCACACUUAUGCGAUGUACCCUCCUAUGGCUGACCCCGUGUUGGACGGAGACGGCGACUUUGACCUCGAUGACACCAUGGACGUGGCGAGGCAUGUGGAGGAGCUUCUUCGAAGGCCUGUGGAGAGUCAGUGGGGUGGCCAGCAGUCCUGACCCCUGACCUCGUGACAUGCAAUGCAACCAAGCAAGCCCUGCCCUAACUCCUGCCCCACCUGUUGUUAACAUGGUUUAAUUCCAUUCAUCUCUCUUUUUUUUUUCCAAUACCGCUAAAAUGUAAAAUUGUUAAUAAUGGCUGUCUUUUUCCUUUUCCUUUCAGUGUAAGAACAUGCAUGUCAGUGAUUUCCUAUAGUUUAUUUGUGUCUCAUACGUGUUUGUAAAACAGACUAGAUUAAACCAACCUACAAUGUUACAGUGUUGUGAAAAACAAAGGAAGAAAUAUUGUCCAUGGAAAUUGUGCAUGUAUUUUCAAUUGAUCUUAAAAUCCAUUUUGAAAAAUAUGCUACUGUAUGAUGUUAUUUCAGAAGUUGAAUGUUUUUUGUUUUUUUUUGUUUUGUUUUAUAUUAUCUGCUUUGUAAAAUUGUUAUUGUUCUGCUAGUGACACUGAUCUUGCCCUUUGACAAAAGAAAAACUUUAAAGAGGAGUUUUACCUUCGCUCCUGGAAAAAUGAUUCAUUGCUUGUCAGUUAUUCAGAUGUCUAUACACUAAUGUAUGGCAGAGUUGCUCUCUCUCUCUCUCUGCGCUCUGCCCCAGACUGCACACACAUCAGAACACGGUACUCGCACGCAAGCUUAAGAUUUAUUUGUGUCCGAUUUGUUCACCAGCUGCAAAGGAAAGGAGCUCACGCACCUCCCUUGCUCUCACAGGGCUAUAUGUCUUCUCUUUAUACACAGAAAUGCAAAUCUAAGCAUUUACCUAGCGCUGCAAGCUUGUCCUCUCAGGUCCCACUGCUCCCCUCAUCGAUGCUACCUCGCAUUGGUCUCCUGACAGUUGUUCGUAUUGGUUCCUUCACUGUUUCUGCACAGCCUGUCUCCAGUAGGUACAGUCAGUGAAUUUUGUGUUCUAGUAGUUUCCUUUGACGUUUGUGAAGAAGAUCCCUCGCUGCAAAAGGGGCAAACAUCCGGCUGUUUUAUGCUUGAAGCCACUCUCGUGAAGGUGUCCGGAGUCUUGAAGUGUCUUGCGUCUGUUUGGUUAUGCCUAAAUAUUCUGCGUUUUCUGCGUCCUCGUUCAUUUAUUUUGUGUAACUGCAUCAUGACACUGUGGCAUGUGCAUGUCUCUUUGUGACAACUUGAACAAGCAAGCAGCAAGUGUUGCAAAGCAAAAAAAAAGUAAAUAAAUAAAUAAAAGAGAAGGCUUUAAAGGUUUGCCAGACUGAAGGUCUGCUGCCAUAUUCAGAACCUGCAGGAUGUCACUUUGCUUCUACGUUUGACUUUGGUCCUCAGAAACAGACUAAUUAUUGUUGUGCAUCCCCCCUGUUCAUUUCACAUAGAUCGGAAUUAAGACAGUGUUGCAACCUCAGGAAUAAAUUGUUGCAGGACCAGUGUUUAAGCCAAAAAA